AUGGUCGCCCUCCUAGCACUGGUCGCUUCUCUCCUCGCCCUGUCCUCCCAGACGGCAGCGGUGCCCGUCGACGCGUCUCGCACGAGCAUCGCUGACCUCAAGUUCCCGUCUAUCCCAUCGGGCGCGUGGUGGUGCGAGUACUCGCCACCCUGGAUCCAGGAGUUCCUCUGCUCGAGGUCUCUGUCGACGUCGUUGUCCACUUCGGUUUCAACGCCCCUCGGCACGGCGGAGGGCGCCGUUGACACGUCCGGUGUCGUCAGGUUCGCUGUCAAGUACGGCAGCGCGGACCGUUGGCAGCCAUCGUCUGUAGCAACCGUUUGGGCACUCCCGUCGGGUGCUUCCAACGCAUCCGGGCUACCGCUCGCGUGCCCCCAGAACGACCUCGAUGCGUCUGGGUACUCCGAAGACUGCUUGUCUAUGAUCCUCUAUGUCCCGUCUUCCGUGACUCCCGCAAGUAACGCGCCUGUCCUCAUGUGGAUCCACGGAGGAUCAUUUACCUCCGGAUCUGCGACAGGUGCAGGACUGGAUGGUUCUGCUCUUGCGACCGCCACGGGGUCUAUCGUCGCUGUCAUCCAGUACCGUUUGGGGGCACUCGGCUUCAUGGCCCCCAACGGACAGACGAAUCUGGCGGUCAAGGAUACCAUCACGGCGCUCCAGUUCCUGCAAACGGUUGCGUUGAGCUUCGGCGGCGACGCGUCCAAGAUUACUGUUGAUGGCCAGAGCUCGGGGGCAAAUAUGAUCAGGGCAUUGCUUGCUGCGCCAUCCGCGUCCAGCCUCUUCGAGUACGCCAUCUUGCAAUCGGACCCAAUGGAUUAUGGCUUCCUCAACACCACUAUGCAGAGCUCGCUUCAGAACUACUUCAACCAACAGCUGUCUUGCAGUGCUUCGGACACGUCGUGCUUAGACUCCCUCUCGCUCGACGAUAUCCUAACUGCGCAGACGUCCCUCUCGAACAACGCCUACAGCACAGUCCCUGCCGCUGGUCAAUCCGAGCCGAUCCGCCCCGUCCGCGACGGUGACCUGAUCACCAGCCCCCUCGACCUCACCGCUCCUUUCCCGUCGCAGUCGAAGACUAUCAUGGUUACUAACGUCGUGGAUGAGGCUAUGUUUACAAUCUACUCCGAGUUCCCGAGCGCCAUCAGCGCCUCGUACUACGACGAUGUCGUCGACGGCACGUUCGGCUCGGUCAGCGGCAGCCGCCUGCUGAGCUACUCGUCGUACGCCCCCUCGACCACGAACGCGGACGGCACGCAGGAUGCGCGCCCGCAGCUGUCGCAAAUGGGCACGGACCAGGUCUGGCGGUGCCCUACGUGGACGUUUGCGCGCAACUGGGCGUCGAGCGGCGGCACGGCGUACGUGGGCAUGUACACCGCGGGCGCGUCGUACCCCGGAAACUCGGACGUCCCGGAGUGCACUGACUCAGGUUCUGUCUGCCACCAGGAUGACAUCGAGAUCGUGUUCGGCACCGCGCCUAGCCCGACCAGCGCGCAGUCCGCACUCAUCACUGAAAUUCAGGCCCGCUACUACCAGUUCCUCCGCACGGGCAACCCUAAUUCCGGCUCGUACGCAACCUGGAGCGCGACAGACGGCCAAGCGAUCAGCGCCCUUGAGCUCGGAGGCUCUGGCACCUACGCAGUCGGCGCGUGCGAUCCGAGCCAGUGGGGCGACGCCGUUCCUUACGACUACCAGGUCUACGACAUCUAG